CUCUUGGACGCAGCGAUGGAGCUACCGAUGCAGUCAGUCUCCAGCUUGCUGCUCGCCGGUCCUUCGCCUAGCUCGCCGGAAGCCGCGGAGACGACGCCGCCACCGAUGCAGCCGCUACAAUGUCAACAUGAGCGAUUGGUGGGCAACAUGUGCCCUUCUCUCUAUCUCGCCGUCUACAGAGGGCGGAUAGCGGACGUCACGGCGCUGCUUCUGGAACAACCCGCCGUUGCAAUAGAUUGUCAAGCCACUACCACGCCGGGUAUUAAGGGCACUGCUAUUAUGCACGGACAGUGCGACAUACUUGAGUUGACAGCGGAGAGGAACACCGCUCUACAUGUGGCUGCGGAGCAAGGGCACCACGAGCUGAUCCGGGAGCUCUACUUCAGGUUCUCAGACCAGGGCCUCCUCAAUCGCCUGAACUCGGCGCUGGACACGCCGCUGCAUUCCGCGGCGAGGGCAGGGCACGUCAGGGCAGUCGCUGUUCUCUUCGAGCUGGCGAGGGAUCGUGGCGUGAACAUUCUGGGAUGCAAAAAUGAGGCAGGGGACACGGCCCUGCACCUGGCGGCGAGGCACGGGCACGGUGCAGCGGUGGAGGUCCUGAUCUCGGCGGCGGCAGAACCGGCGGCCGAGCUGAACAACGCCGGCGUGUCGCCUCUGUACCUGGCAGUAAUCAGCGGCUCGGUGCAAGCAGUCAGAGCGAUUACCACGUGCAAGGACGCAUCAUCGCUGGGGCCAGGCGCACAGAAUGCUCUGCACGCUGCCGUCUUCCAGAGCUCAGAAAUGGUUCACCUGCUAUUGGAAUGGAGGCCAGCUCUGGCCGACCAAGUCGACAGCGGCGGCAGCAGCCCGCUCCAUUUCGCUUCGUCCGACGGCGACCGCACAAUCGUGAAGGCGAUCCUGCGUGCCUCACCACCAAGCACAGUUUACAAGAAGGACUCGGACGGCCUGUCGGCCCUUCACGUCGCGGCGCGGAUGGGACAUCGCCGCGUCGUGAAGGACAUGCUACGGAGCUAUCCCGACGCCGCCGAGCUCCGCGACGGUAACGGCGGUACCUUCGUCCACGCAGCAGCCAGGGAGAGGCGCUCCUCGGUGGUGUCGCUCGCUAUCAGCAACUCCAUGCUGCGCGGCGUCCUGGACGCGCAGGACAGGGACGGGAACACGCCGCUCCACCUCGCGGUGGCGGUGGGAUCGACCGGCGACGUGGAGGCCCUGCUACGGGAGGGCAAGGUGCGUGCCGACGUUCUGAACAACGACGGUCACACGGCGUUGGAUCUCGCCGCCAGAUCGAACGCCGGUUUCUUCGCCACGAUCAACCUGGUGGUGGCGUUAGUCGCCUUCGGGGCACGGCUCCGGCCGCAGAGGCAGGACCGCCUGGAGCAGUGGGGCGGCCGCGACAUGGUGCGGAAGGGGAUACAGAACACGUCCGACAGCCUCGCGGUGGUGGCCGGCCUCAUUGUCGCUGCAGCGUUCGCCGCCGGGUUCAACUUGCCCGGUGGGUACGGAGACGACGGCAAGGCGAACCUCAAGCACGAGAUUGUCUUCAAGACCUUCCUGUUCUUGAACACCGGGGCCGUGGCGACGUCCAUGCUGGCGGUGGCGCUGCUCGUCUAUGGGAAGGCGUCUUCGCACUCCGACGGCUCGUGGAAGACCUUCGCGGCGGCGCUGCACCUGCUGUGGGUGUCGCUCGUCUGCAUGAUGCUGGCCUUUCAGGCGGCUCUGUUUUCCGUGGCGACAACAAGGGCACUAACUUACGGGUUCCUAGUUGUAUACAUGUGCAUCUUUAUCUUGCAGGUGCGUAUCGCGAAGUGGCUGGGGCCUGACACGAGGUUGCGCACGAUUUGGAGGUUUCACUGGAAAGGGAGGCAUGUCGACAUCAAACGGCAGUAUCCGUUCGCCAACGCUUUCGUAGUCAAUGUAUAUCUGUUUACAGCUCUAAGUUUGCUAGUGCCUAUUGGUUUUGAAGUCAUGUUUCUAUUAGGUGGGAGAUCCAUCGAUACUUCCUCUUAGGCUGUAAUCGGAUCGAAAACAAAACAGACGGA